AUGUCAGACACCAAAUCCAAUGCGAUGGCUCUCGGCCACAAGAGUGUGUCAGAGGAUGAAGAGGGAGGCCGCGCUGGUGUAGAAGCUCUGCAGGGAACACCGGUGCCGAUUGACGAGGACGACAUUGUGGCUCGGAUGAACAACCUUGAUCCUCCUGUGACGCCAGACGAAGUCAAAGCAGUGAGAAGAAAGAUUGACAUGCGGCUGCCCCCAUUUCUGCUUGUUCUUUACAUGUUUACAUGGCUGGAUCGUGGAGCUUUGGGUAACGCAGCCCUGAUGGGCAUUCGUGAGGACCUCGGGUUCUCUCCCAAGCAGUUUUCAUUGGCUGAAUGGGGCCGUCGCAUCAGCAUCUACCUUUCCGCAACACCCUUGGCUGGUGCCUUUGGAGGAUGGGUUGCAUACGGAGUUGCGAACAUCUCUAAUCCGAUCGUGAAGCAUUGGCAAGCUCUGUUUCUCAUUGAGGGUCUUCUUACUAUCCUUAUCGGUCUGCUUUGUGUCUGGGUUCUUCCGGAUCGCCCUCACAACACAAAGUGGCUCACACCUCGAGAGCGCGAUGUCGCCACCUGGCGCAUGAUGCAGGACGGCAACCGGACUCACGGCAAGAUCAAUUGGAAAACUACUCUCAACCAACUCCGUGACUGGAGACUGUGGAUGAAUAUAUUCAUCUACAUGGGCCAGGUACUUCAGACCUACACGAUUGCGACCUUCACCCCUAUCAUCGUCGCAACCUUUGGAUACGACAACGUCAAAGCUCAACUGAUGGUAGCACCGCCUUACUGUGUCGCUCAUCUGUUCUAUCGUCGCGGCUACUGGAGAUCUCUUACUGGCCGUCCUACCGCACACGGCAGCGAGCGCAAGAUACGGUGCCACGUUCUUGAUAUUGACUGGAAUCCUAUCGGGGGUCACAUUGAGUGUUGGUAA